GUGGAGGAGGAGUGGAGGAGGAGUGGAGGAGGAGGAGGGCAUGGAGGCGGUGCCGUCUCCGUCACUGUCUCCGUCGCUGGUGGCGCACCACCACCACCACCAGCAGCAGCAGCAGCAGCACCACCAGCACCAGCAGCACCACCAGCAGCAGCAGGCGGUGGCUGUGGUGCGCGACGCGGCCCGCGACCCCCGCUGGCUCACGCUGGAGGUGUGCCGUGAGUUCCAGCGGGGGGCUUGCACGCGGCCCCACGCCGACUGCCGCUUUGCCCACCCCUCAGCGGCGUGCCACGUGGAGGGGGGCCGCGUCACCGCCUGCUUCGACUCGCUCAAGGGCCGUUGCACCAGGGAGAACUGCAAGUACCUGCACCCGCCGCCACACCUGAAGACACAGCUGGAGAUCAACGGGAGGAACAAUCUCAUCCAGCAGAAGCUGCUCACCCAGCAGAUGCACAGCCUGGCCGGACCGGCCGUACUGCCUGGUCAGCCCAUGCAGUCCCUGAUCUUUCCUUUCGGCGCUGGUCUGGGCCUGGGCUCCCCGGGGGCGGGCGCCGGGCCCCAGGGUUUCGGCCCUUACCUGGGCCCCGUGCCUCCAGGCCUGGGCCUGGUCCCGCACGACCUCCUGCCGCCCCCCGGGGGUGCCGGCGUCGUCCUGCCGGUGGGCGGCGGGGGGGGCCCCCCGGGCCACCUGCAGGCCCUGCACGUGGCACCCCGCACAGACCGCCUCGAGGUGUGCCGCGAGUUCCUGCGUGGCAGCUGCUGCCGGGGUGAGUCGGAGUGCCGCUUUGCUCACCCGGCUGCCGAGAGCGGCACGGCGGCCCCUGCCGACCCCUCCUCCUCCUCCUCCUGCGGCGGUGCCGGUGCCGGUGGCGGUGCGGUGACGGUGUGCAUGGACCACGUGAGGGGCCGGUGCUGCAGGGAGCGCUGCCGCUACUUCCACCCGCCGCCUCACCUGCAGGCCAGGCUCAAGGCGGCGCAGCAGCAGCAGCAGCAGCAACAGCAGCAGCAGCAGCAGCACUUCCUCUUCGCUGCUGGCCACAACCACCACCAUCGCGGCGGCGGCGGCGGCGGUGCCGGUGGCAGCUCCCCGCUCGCUCCCCCCAACCACCGGCCCGGCUCUUCUGCCACGCGACCAACCGGGGGACUCCGGCACGGCCAGGGACCGGUGCCAGCGACCGGGGGCUCCACCAGCGACCGGGAGCUCCACCAGCGACCGGGAGCUCCGCCAGCGACCGGGAGCUCCGCCAGCGACCGGGGGCUCCGCCAGCGACCGGGAGCUCCGCCAGCGACCGGUGCCAGCGACCGGGGGCUCCGGCACGGCCAGCCACAGGGGGGCACCGGCACCUCCAGCGACCGGCGCCGGGACCUCCGGCACCACAAGCUACCGGUGCCGGCGACCGGUGCCGGCUACCGGUAG